GGCAGGGUUUUUGUUCUGUAUUGAAGGUGAAAAAUAAGCUAAAUAAAACGACACCGUGUAAAACAGUAGACUGUAAGCUUACCUUUCAGCUGUCUAUUAUUAUUUUUAUUCAGAUCAUUUUUUAUUCAUUCGCCUGCGCCAUGUUUCCCAACGUCUCCAUGGAUCAGCUUCAUUUAAUAUUAACUCGUUCGGCGUCAAUUUGACACCCUGACACUCUUAUUUAUUUUGAACACCAGGGCAGGAGCUUUAAACGUGGCAGCACUGGGUUAUUAACACGAAAGCGUCUUAUACUUAGAGAAACCAUACGCGCGGAUUAUGUGGGGUGGAUUUGCGCCAUGGACACGAUGAGGCGCGUGGAGGAGAGCAGAGCGGAGCGGCGCGUGCGGUUCCGGGUGGCGUCAGCGCGCAGCGGCAAGGUGCUGAAGGAGGUGUUCAGGGAAGACGAGGAACUGAUUGAAGACUCCGCGGACUCGGAAACAGCCGUCGGCUCGGAGGCUGAGCGCGCCAUGUCUCCUGCCGUCAGCGAGGCGAACGGGCAUCUGAUCAGCCUGGCGGUGGAGCAGCAGGACAACACAGGCGAGGCGGACGACCUGUUGGUGUACGCGAGCGCAGCGCAUGAGCAGCUCUUCAGUCGCAAGCGCGUGAACAUCUUCAGCAAGAACGGAACGAUACGUGGCGUGAGGGACAAAGUGAGCGCUGGCCAAGUGCUCUUUAAUAAUCUGUCGAAACUCUACGGGGCCAAGGAGACCAUGUCUACAAAGAAGCUGCCUGCAGCAGUAUAAAGUAGUUCAGUGCAGAACACAGCCUGUGGAGGUUGCAUGAGGAGUAAUCUGCUCUAAAACUCUGACUAAGGAGCUACUGUUUUAGUCACUUUCCAUUAACGCAAGAUUUAGAGAGCUGUUUAGGAGCUGAAUUUUCUAGGUUCAGUUCUGCACUUUUUGAUAUUUGAUAUUCUUAAAGAAAAUACGAAAUUUAAAAAAUAAUCUUUUGGGUAUUUUUAAGCUAGGGGUAAUAUGCUCAGACAUUUUGGUUCUAGUAAGGACUGUGGCUGCUGUAUUAUGGACUAACUGGAUCUUUGUUUAUGCUCUUAUGGAAACAUUCAUACAGGAAGGCAUUCCGACCUGCUCUGAUGUACAGCAUGUGAUCACACAUGGCACAUUUUAUUGUGCUGAUCUAAAAAGUAUGAUAGUUCUUUUCAGGUGAAUCAAGUGAAUAUCUUCUUUUACAUACAGAAAUGUCAAGCUUGUGAGGUCAAGUUAAUAAAUAUUUCUUGAAGUGGAAUUAAACUGCAGUAGGGGGAAAAAACAAUAUCUCUAAAAUAAACUCCUUCAACUGAAUAUGAAAUGGUUAAACAGCCCUUACCUUUAAGAUGACCGUUGUUUAUUGCAUUUGGUCCUCAUUUUUAAUACUCAAUAUUAGUUUGAAUAAUAACAAUGUAAAUAUGUUCUUUGUAUAAAUAUUAACU